AUGAACAAUUUCAUCAUGCAAAACUUUAGUGAGAGAUUAAGACCUCUUGUUGGUUUGAAUGGUUGGGACUAUUGUGUCUAUUGGAAACUAAGUGAAGAUCAAAGGUUUCUUGAAUGGUUGGGAUGUUGUUGUGGUGGAAGUGAUAGCAAUCAAAACGGUGGCGGAGAAGAACAUCUUUUUUCUAUCUCUUCAUGUAGGGAUACAAUGUUUUCACAUCCAAGAACAAAGUCUUGUGAUCUUCUUUCACAACUUAACACUUCCAUUACUACCGAUUCAGGGAUUCAUGCACAAACUCUAUUAACAAACCAACCUAAUUGGUUGAACUAUCCUAGCACUUUGGAUCCAAACACUUUACAAGAAACAAUAAAUGGGACACAUGUUUUGGUUCCAGUGCCUGGUGGAUUAGUUGAGCUCUUUGUAACUAAACAAGUUGGUGAAGAUCAGCAGGUGAUAGAUUUCAUCACAUCUCAGUGCAUUGUCAUGGUGGAUCAAGAAGGGAUGAUGAACAACUCAAUUGGUUUCAACUCAAUGAGCAACAUGCAAUCAAAUCAAGUUAUAAUUGACGAAAUCGAUGGAGAUAAAACAAACAACCAUUUUCAUCCAUCAGAGCCGUUGAAUCUUCCACAUGACAUGUCUGUAAUGAACUUCAUGCAACAGUUCAAUUACAAUUACAAUUACAAUUACAAUCAGCAACAAAGCAGACUCAAAAACGACGAAACAACAGUCUCCGAAGAAUACCAAGGCUCGUUCCUUCAUGAUCACGAAAGCAACCACAAUAACAGCAUUCUCAAAUCCAACACUGAAGAGGAACAUGAUAACAAAAGCCUAAUGACAGAUAAUAACCAGUACAUGUUUGUUGAUCCAUUAGACUCGAAAAGGAAACACGAACAAGUUGUUGGUAGAUCGGAUUCGAUGUCAGAUUGCAGUGAUCAGAAUGAAGAAGAGGAAGAUGGAAAGUUCAGAAGACGAAACGGGAAAGGAAACCAAUCAAAGAACCUUGUCGCCGAGAGAAAAAGAAGGAAGAAACUGAAUGAUAGGUUAUAUAAUCUUCGCUCGUUGGUUCCGAGAAUCUCAAAGCUCGAUAGAGCUUCGAUUCUUGGUGAUGCUAUUGAGUUUGUGAAGGAUUUGCAGAAGCAAGUGAAAGAGCUUCAAGAUGAACUUGAGGAAAAUUCAGAUACAGGAACUGAAAGUAACUGCAUUGUUAAUGAGGGUGUUCAAGCUCAACUAGAAGAUAACAACAAUAAUGUUCCAAAAGAAGAAGAACAUGGUUUUCAUGUUGGGAAUGGAUAUGUUUCAAAACAAAAGCAGGAAGAUGUUGGUACCGGUACUGACAAACAGACACAACAAAUGGAGCCACAAGUGGAAGUGGCAUUGAUAGAUGGGAAUGAGUAUUUUCUGAAGGUGUUUUGUGAGCAUAGGCCAGGUGGAUUUGUGAGAUUGAUGGAGGCAUUCAACACUUUAAGGAUGGAUGUUGUACAUGCCACAGUAACCAGUCACAAGGGUCUUGUUUCAAAUGUUUUCAAAGUAGAGAAAAAGGAGAGUGAAAUAGUUGAGGCUGAAGAUGUGAGAGAUUCAUUGCUGGAGCUGACAAGGAACAGAUCUGCAUGUUGGAGUGAUGAGAUGACAGCAACCUCAUCUGAGAAUGGUGUCAUCAGUAAGGACCAACAUGAUCAACAGACUGCUGCUGCAUAUCAUUCACACCAGUUUCAUAGUUAA